GGGCCAUGAGUCAACAGUCCCCGCACCGCAGCCCCGGCCCGCCUCACACCCUGCCGCCCGCCACCCGCACCAGCUCCUCGUGCCGCCCCAGGACUGCCCGCCCCGCCGCUAACACCUACUGGAGGAGGGUUCCCGUGCACCGUGACAGGUCAUCAUGGUUUAUCAAGUGAAGGAUCAGGAGGACUUCAAGAAGCAGCUGAAGGAAGCUGGCCAGAAGCUUGUUGUCGUGGACUUCUAUGCAACCUGGUGUGGGCCCUGCAAGAUGAUUGCUCCCAAGCUUCAGGAGAUGAGUAGCCAGAUGACUGACGUGGUGUUCCUGAAGGUGGACGUGGACGAGUGUGAAGAUGUAGCGGUCACUUACCAGAUAUCCUGCAUGCCUACUUUCCUCUUCUUUAAAGAGGAACAGAAAAUUGACAGCUUCUCUGGAGCAAGUGAAGAAAAGAUUCGAGACUACAUCGCUAAGUACAAAUAAAUAAAGGGCAGUGACCUGAAUCUAGAACCCUUCGGAUGAUGUUUGAAAACUGCGCAGAAGGAUGCUCGGAGUGGAAUUUUUAAGGAAGUAUGUAGGUUAAAUAUUUUGUGUUAAUUUAAUUUUUUGGAGAUUAUUUGUUACUUGAAAUCAAAAAAUGAAGAAGUGAUCACGUUUGAUUAAAGAAAAUCGUGUUACCUGUUGAUUUAACUUAAAAGUGCACUUAUUGUAUUUGAAAAAAUCAUGUAAUAUUUAUUUUGUUUGUGUGUAAUAAAAACAGCAUUUUA